AUGUCGUCGGCCAAGGUCGACCCCGCGACGGAUGCGGAGAAUUCGUACUUCUCUUCCAACCCGCCACCGCGGCACCUCGAGGCCCAUACGGCGAGUGCCAAGGCCUUCAUCGAUACGCACGCGGCCGCGGGGCGGCGGGUCGUGCUCGUCACUUCGGGCGGCACGACGGUGCCACUCGAGCGGCAGACAGUGCGGUUCAUCGACAACUUCAGUGCCGGCACGCGGGGCGCCACCAGCGCCGAGUACUUCCUUGCCGCCGGCUACGCCGUCAUCUUCCUGCACCGCCAGUUCAGCUUGCAGCCGUACGCGCGCCACUUCUCCCACUCGACCGACGGCUGCUUCCUCGACCUGCUGCAGGAGGAGGAUGGCGAGGGCGGCGGUGUCCGUGUCCACGCCAAGGACGCCGUCAAGGUACGCCAAGUGCUGCACGAGUACCGCCGCGCCAAGGACGCCGGCCUGCUGCUCAUGCUGCCCUUCGUCACCAUCGGCGACUACCUGCACGAGCUGCGUGCCGUCUCGCGCCUCAUGGGCCCGCUCGGCCCGCGCGCGCUGCUGUACCUCGCAGCCGCCGUCUCCGACUUCUUCGUCCCUCCGGAGCGCAUGGCCGAGCACAAGAUUCAGUCGACGGAUGCCGUGGCGGGCUUCCAGAAGCCGCCCCGGCCGCCAAAGCGCGGGCGCGAGCCCGAGGUCGACGAGGAGGAGGAGGAGGAGGAGGUCUUUGACAACUUUGACGCCUCGCCGCGCGUGCCGCGCUCGCGCCGGCUCGUCGUCGAUCUCGACCCCGUGCCCAAGUUCCUCAAGAACCUCGUCGACGGCUGGGCGCCUCAGGGCAUGAUCGUCUCGUACAAGCUCGAGACGGACCCAAGCAUCCUCGUCCACAAGGCCCGCUACUCCCUCGACCGCUACCAGCACCACCUCGUCAUCGGCAACCUGCUCGCGACGCGCAAGUGGGAGGUCGUCUUCGUGAGCCCCGGUCGUGCCGACAGCUGGCUGCGCGCACAGCCGCCGCCGUCGACCACCGGAUGGGGCGCCGCCGAGGGCAGGCCGUUGCGGGCCGACGAGCUGCCGGCCGGGGAUCCCGAGAGGGAGAUUGAGGAGCUCAUCAUCCCCGCCGUGGCCGAAUUGCAUGACGCCCACAUCGCCACGGCUCGUCGCCCGUGA